AGUGACUCUCAAGCAAAUGAAAACUUACUGUUACCCUCCAUGGCAAUGAUCAGUCAUGAAUUUAGUAGUGAAGAACUAAUGCUGAGCUAUAAAUUAGAAAAUGAGCACUCUUAUUUUAGAAAUGCGAUGCCCUCUCUAAAUGUAAUAUCAGAGAAUAUCGUCCUUCCUAUCGAAGUCGGAGAAGAUUAUAUGCCAAAGUUAAUGAUGCCAGAGUCUUCCCAAAUGUUAACAUGAGGGAGACUUACUGAGGAGAGUGAACCUAAAGCCUUCACUAUUCCAUCCUCGCACGAAAGAUGCAAUGAGGCCUCUAUUUUUAAAAGACUGAAUAGAGAAGCCUUCACACAAAAAGUGAGUCAAAUAUUUGUACCUCAAGACUCCUCUAGUAAUAAUGUCCGUACCUCUUUGGAUAAGAAGAAGAUAUCGUCAGAACAAAUUAGCCUUUAUGAAUUAAUUCAGACCCAAGUCCUUCCCAAAUGGAAGCAAUAUAUUGACUCUAAAACUAGCAGGAGAAUAGCUAAUCCAAACAAGAAGCCAAGAGCUGAUACUUUUAAGAAGAAGAUUCUUAGAGAUAUGAGAGAGUUCUUCCGAAUCUUGUUUAGAAAGAGGUUCGAUGUCUCUGAGUGUAAAACUGCAGAAGGUGUUAAAAGUUGCUUGAUGACUUUAUUUGAAGAAAUAGGACUUACCCUAUCCCAAGAAGAUUUGAAUGAUGGAUAUCUGUAUAAGUUUAUAAAUCAGACUCAUCUACAUUCAUUCCUCAAUCUUUUCCCAAUAAAACAACAAGAUGAGAGUUCUGCAUUUAAGGUUCUGGAGAAGUACAAUGACUCAAGGUUCAAAACUUUCCUUAAGCACUCUUUAAGCUCACAGAUGUUUUACUUAGUGUUCGAAAAUUUCCUCGACUUCUAUUACCAACUAAUAAAACCCGAGCAGAAGCAAAAUGUGAUGUCUAUACUUAAUUGUUUCAUAAGUUAG